ACGCGCACGGGUGGCAGUGCGCAGGCGCAGGAGCGAGAGUGGGGAGAGCGACUGGUGCGCGAGCCGCAGUAGUGAGCGGUCGGAGCGAUGAGAGCGCCGCGGCGGGUCGCACCUGCGUCUCGCUUCCUUUAGCCGCCGCUCACGCGCUGUCUUUUCACACCGGUCUGAAUUUACCGCACCGCCCCUCAGACUCGAGGGGACCCCUUUUUUUUUUUUUUCUCCUCAUGUUUUUCGAGCCGUCGCAGCUUUCCGGAGAAAAGGGCCGAUAGAAGGGUAGCACCAUGGGCUCGUCAGCGUUGGUUGAAGUGUUGAAGUAAUCCAAUCCUCCUUCUCCUCUGCAAACACUCUCACGCUAGAGGGCGUCUCCCCUUCCCAGAUAUGGCAGGGGUCAAGCGUGGCUACGAUGGCAAAAUCGCUGGGCUGUAUGACCUGGACAAGACGCUGGGCCGUGGCCACUUUGCCGUGGUCAAGCUCGCCCGCCAUGUCUUCACUGGGGAGAAAGUGGCCGUGAAAGUCAUUGACAAGACGAAGCUGGACAGCGUGGCAACGGGACACCUCUUCCAGGAGGUGCGCUGCAUGAAACUGGUUCAGCACCCCAACAUCGUGCGCCUGUACGAGGUCAUCGACACACAGACCAAGCUCUAUCUGAUCCUUGAGCUGGGUGACGGAGGAGACAUGUUUGACUACAUCAUGAAGCACGAGGAGGGGCUCAGUGAAGAGCUGGCCAAAAAAUACUUUGCCCAGAUAGUGCAUGCCAUCUCCUACUGCCACCGGCUGCAUGUAGUACACCGUGACCUGAAGCCUGAGAACGUGGUGUUUUUUGAGAAGCAGGGCCUGGUGAAGCUCACCGAUUUCGGCUUCAGCAACAAAUUCCAGCCUGGGAAGAAGCUGACCACCAGCUGUGGCUCCCUGGCCUACUCUGCUCCGGAGAUCCUGCUGGGGGAUGAGUAUGAUGCGCCAGCUGUAGACAUCUGGAGCCUGGGGGUGAUCCUCUUCAUGUUGGUGUGUGGCCAGCCUCCCUUUCAGGAGGCCAACGACAGCGAGACCCUUACCAUGAUCAUGGACUGCAAAUACACAGUGCCCUUGCAUAUCUCCCAGGCCUGCAAGGAUCUCAUCGACCGAAUGCUGCAACGGGACCCCAAACGGCGGGCCUCGCUGGAUGAAAUUGAGCAUCAUGCCUGGCUGCAGGGUGUGGACCCUUCACCGGCCACCAAAUACAGCACCCCGUUGGUGUCGCACAGGAACCUGUCUGAGGAGGAGCACAAUGGCAUCAUCCAGCGCAUGGUGCUCGGUGACAUUGCCGACCGUGAAACCAUCAUCGAAGCUCUGGAGACCAACAAGUACAACCACAUAACAGCCACAUACUACCUGCUGGCAGAGAGGAUCCUGAGAGAGAAGCAGGAGAAAGAGGUCCAGAAUCGCUCCUCUAGCCCCAGCAACAUUAAAGCCCAGUUCAGGCAGUCCUGGCCCACGAAAAUUGACAUGCAUCAGGACAUCAAUGACAGCCUGGCUGGCCCGUCCAUCUCGCACCCUGGUGGGCCGCAGUCGCCAGCUCGAAGCACAGAGAACCUGCUGAACGGCCACCGGAGUAAGGGUCUUUUGGACCUUGGCCGCCGUGAGGAACUUGGUGAGCCCCCCAUGCUGCCCUUGUCCACUGGGAGCUGUUCUGCAGGGCCCACCUCCAGCCCGCCAAAGGCCACCGCGGCUGCCGGCAAGCCGCGCACCUGCCUGUUCAGGGUGGAGGAGGACGAAGAAGAGGAAGAGGAGCAGGAGCCAUCACCGCUGCCUGCCCAGGUGGUGCUGCGGCGCAAACCGCCCUCAGUCCCAAGCCGGCUGUCAUCUCGCAGGAGCGCGCCAGUGCUCAACCAGAUCUUUGAGGAGGAGGGCGAGUCGGAUGACGACUUCGACAUGGACGAGGGGCUUCCGCCCAAGUUGAGUCGGCUGAAGAUGAGCAUGGCGUCGCCAGGCACGGCCCAUAAACGCUUUCCUCGCCGCAAGAGCCAAGGGCGCGGAUCAAGCUGCUCGAGCUCGGAGACAAGUGACGACGACUCUGAGAGCCACCGCCGGCGCCUAGAUAAGGACUCGGGCUUUGCCUAUGGCUGGAACCGGCGGGACAGCAGUGAGGGUCCACCGGGAAACCCUGGAGGCAAUGGGGGUGGGCAGGGUGAGCCUCCUGGAGAGGGGGGCAACUCAGGUCCAGAUAGGGGCAACCCCCCUUGUGGAGGAGGGGACGGUGGUGGAGAUAGAGGUGGUGAAGGUAACAAAGGACAGGGCAGUCCUGCCAACUGCUCCAGUGGCGGCAGCAAUCAUACCGCCGCAGGAUCCACCCGAGGAUCGGCCAGUACGGCCGGAGGCCUUGUCGAGAGCCUGAAACUCAUGAGCCUCUGUCUUAGCUCGCAGUUCCACCACCUUGCCAGCGGUGGCAGCAGUGGGAGCAGGCCUAGAUUCAUCAUGGACCCCCAUGGCUUCUCCAACAUCAAGGUGCAAGAGCGCUCCGCCUGGAGAAUGUGCAUCGGAGGCUCCACUGGGAGCCUGGACCGUGUUUCGCUGCUGGGUGGCGCGGUGCCUGUCGCCGACCCCACCCCCGCACCUGUCGCUCGCAGCGAGCAGGACCAGGUCAGGGAGCACAGCAUGAACCUGAAAAACAAGGUCCUGCAGCUACCUCUCAGUGACAAGACCAUCUCUGUGAACAUUCAGCGCAACCCCAAGGAGGGCUUACUCUGUACCUCUGGCCAGGCCAGCUGCUGCCAGGUCAUAUGAUGGGGGCUGGCCGUCCCCCACCCCCAACUGCGGCUGUAGCAUUCUCAUACUUGAUCAGUACCCUCCUUCCAGUAGCUGAACUUCUUCCAUGCACACCACUACCUGACCAUGUUUCCCUAUUGUUGUUAAGUGGUUUUGCUCCUCUCCGCAUGGGGUUGGGGGUUAGGGGUUGGCUGUACGCAACAGUUGCACGCCCCUCAGCCCUUUCCCUGCUUAUUUCAGUCUGUUUUCAUAUAAUCCCAUACUUUUUCUUUGUUCGGUUGCAUUUGCAUUUACUUGUUCAUUCAGAACAAUCUGAUAUUGCAUUCAGGAGAUGAUGAAACAUAGACUGAGCGAGAGAAAGAGAAAGCACUUAACAGUAGAUAUAACCUCAGACGGUGACAUUCAUUAUUUCUGCGAUGCCUUUCUUCGGAAAAACAAUCAAUGGCCUCUAGUCAGAGCUGGAAUAGGGACCGUAGAGGGUUCUUGGAGCUGCUGGGACAAGUUCUGUGUUGAGCAGGUGGACUGAUCUAUGUUUUGACACCUUUGAGUCUUAAAUAUACAACUUAUUUAAAAGAAACAGGAAAACAAAUUGUAUUUAAAUUUUAAAAUCUUUCUCCUAUUUUAACCUAGUGGCACAACUAGAUAUAACUACUGUUAUUUAAUAUUGCACAUAGACAAUCUUUCUUUUUAAUGCUAUUUGAGAUUAAAGUUUAUUUUUAAAUUGUCAGUCAUACUGAGUUGGUGUGAAGAUUUUACUGCCUUUUUUUAAAUACCCUCCUAGUUUACGAAUGCCGGUCCUUAUUUUGUUUUCUCAUGCACAGUAAUGCGGGUGUCUUUGCAUUUAGCAGCCAAUCUGAAACUAAGAGGUAAAGGGAUAUUGGUUCCUGUCCAAAUGUCAACCAUAAUCGGGGUCCUCGUGUGUACAGGUGCAGAAUGAGAAGAAUUAGCAGAGAAAGGUUUUUAGCACAAGGUCGGACAUUGUGCGGUAAAAUUGAACCUGAAUGAUGCUGCUUUUUCACUAACCACCUGUUGCAGGGAAGCAUUGCUUACAGAAGUGUAAACAAAUAAACAAGGGCUGGAAUGGAACAGGUGUUUCAGGAGCGCCCAGAUUAAGGUGCGGAGAUCCUCGGCAUAGGUUGUUGUACACAUCACCUGGAAAGUUCUCUUUCAGGAGUCAGACCUCCUAGUUUAUAAAGAAAAUGGCUACUUGUUUUAAAACAUUUAAUAGUGUUCAUGUGACUGUUGAACAUAAAGUUAAAGAUGUAAGACUACCUAGAUGGAGGCUCUGCUGCACUGAUUUUGGGGUUUAAAGUAACUAUGCUUAUUUAUUCUCUUUUAAGUUGGGGCUUUUGAUCUCCACAAAUUAGUUGCACUUUUUUUUUUUUAUUUUUUUAUUUUUAAAUGCCUGUCUCUUAGAUUUAUUUUUAAGAACUGGUAAUGUGUACAUGUUUUAAACUUAUAUGUGUGCACUUUUUGUGGUUGUUCAGAGGACUGCUGUUUUAGUCACGAGGAUGGCAGGCAGUUGGAUCCGCCCCCCUUUGGGUCCUAAACGCUGCUGUGUUGCCAUGGGAACGGAUAGCGGUCCCUCUUUCAGGGUGCCCGCUGGAGUCCUGGGUUCAGCAAUGUCGGGUGUUAGCUUUAGUGAACCGUACAGACAGACCAUAGAUAAUGCAGGUCUGGCGGAAAACGAGGGGGAGAGAUUAUAUAUUCAAAGGGCAUUGGCAAUAAGAUAUAUGUUGCAGCUAUCUGUACAUUUUAUAUAUCUUUAUUUUUAAAACAUGUAUAGCCUUGGAGAGAAGAUUAUAAACCAGGUGUGUAUUUUCCUUUGUUUCCUCCCCAACAGAAGAUGUGUAAAUAGGAGUGUAAAUAUGGUGCUGUACAUUUUGAAGAAGUGUUGACCAUUCGGUGAAUAGCUGUCAUAUCUAGCCUUACUAGUCCAUGUGAGUGUUGCCGAAGUAAAAAGUGUAGAAGAAACAGCUGAAUCGGUAACGUGGGUCUGACUGUAGUCUUAUCCCGAUGUACCCAAGUGAAUCUGUGCAUGUGUUGUACUCUGAAAUAAUAAAUAAUCUGUUGAGGUACAGCAAAAGAAAAGCUAGAAAACCACUAUUGCUGAGAAGAGGGUACGGGACCAACUACUGUUACUUGGGUUGAAGAAAUAGAGAAACAGAAGUUAUUGAAUCAAAUCCUGUAUUGAACAUCUGUUUUCAAAAGCUACACGUAGACAUGGAUAUGUCCAAAAUUAAAUGUUGUGGGAAAAACACAGUUUUUAAUUAUGUCUAUUUUUUUACCCCCACCCUCACUCAUUUCUGGUGUGUGUCUCUCUUUGGAGUUGCAUAACAAUAUUAUUUCACCUUUGUGUCACUGCCUGCCAGCGACAUGGUGUCAGCUUGUAGGGUCUCUUCAGCGUCAGUCACAGGAUGCUUUUAUAAAAAGCUGACUUGUGUUGAAAAUGAGUCCCGAGGGGAAAGUGUCGCUGCACAUAUUAAUCACAAACAAAUUAAAGCAUUAAGGCUGGAAGACUAUUCUUCGCUUCACUUGUACUCUAUUUGGGUUUAGUUUUUCAAAAAAAUCAACGUUACGGUUCUGCCACUGAUGAUACACCGUUUAUGCUUUAUUAGUCAGCGUGUUGCUAAAUUUGGGUGCUUUUGCCGCCCUAAUUGUUGGGCCAAAGAGCUUUUGAGCCGUACUAGACUGCUGGAUUUCCUGUCUUUGGCAGAAGGGGAAAAUGGAAAUGAAUGCCAAACACAUGUUGGUACUGUAAGAAGGGAACAGAUGCUGAGCAAACCAGUAUUACGUGUGACAAUAUAAUGUACCUUUAGUACAUACCGUACUUGUGACAAUAUGUGACACACUGAAGCAACCAUUAAACGUGCUUGGAUUAUGUUGAAUAAAUAUCUUUUUCAUACCUAAAGGAACAGGAUGAAGGGGUGAGACUUUGAAAAAUGUUCAAAUGUUUUUCAUCGGCGUCCUACUGUGGGAACGACUCCAGCUGUCUUGCGCUGCCAUGAGGGACCUUUAGAGUUCUGUUUCCUGAGCAGGAGCACAAGAGUGGAGCUGGCGGUGAAGGUUGGGAUGGUGGUCCAGCAUCUGGAGUGGGAUCCAUGGGCUCGUGGCACCGUGGCUGCUGUGGGACCCUCCCCUCAAUUCCCUUCUCCCGGCCCUGUCUGCUCCCUGCCUAAAUAAGGAAGGAGGACCUGGACCAGCAUCUGCUCUGUGUCCCACUGAUCCUCUGUUGCUCAUGUUACCAUGGUGAAUAAGGAGAUUGAGUCCCUAAUGUGUGCUGCUGGACAGCUUUUUUUUUUUCUUUUUUUCUUUUAAAAUAUAUUAACAGGGAGGUUGAGUAAAAUUCUGGCUGGGUUAGACUCAGCAUUACCAGAUUUAGUUUUUUACCCUAGCUAAAGGGAAAUCUAUAUCUUUGGGUCAUAAAAAUUAAUCUUGAAAAAGCUGCUUAACAGAAACCCAGGGGCUCUGGGCACAUGGGGGGUCAGGGGCCAUAAUGGCUUUGCCCUCCCUUUAAUGAAAGCGUUAACUGAAUUACACACCUUUAUCUAUUUGAGUGUAUUUUCACCAGGACUGAGGGUUCAAAAAUUUGGUUGCAGAGAGAGAGUACUGAAAACCAAAGGUGCUCAUUUGAAUAACACACACACCGCAAA